CGUACACGAACCUACUCCUCUAAGCAUUUAACACCCAAGUCAAAUAGGGCCGACUGGAAGCGGGGAUGAACUCAUUUACAAUCGACCAACCACAAUGGAUUAUUCUGAUUCAUGUAUCAUCAUCUGAAACCAAAAUAACCCAUUUAUUUAUUUCACUUAUCUAAAUUUCCUCCCUCUCUUUUUUAACUUUCUUCCCCCGUUCUUCACUCUUUCUCAUUGUUUAACUUCGUAAUGCUAAAAGCUAUACAAAUUCUUGGUUGUUCAUCUGGGUUUAUCUCUCAAAGAUUAAAGAAGUCUCAUUCUGGUAAUGGGUUUUCUUUAAUUUCUUCAAAAGGAAGCGACACCUCAACUUCUUUGUUUCUGCAUCCCUUCUGGACUCCAAAAACUCUGACUUUUAGAUUGAUUCGAAUGUUCUCGACUCAGUCCGAGUCCAACUCAAAUGCUCCUGCAUCCUCUUCUUCUUUUUCUUCGGUUGCAGUUCAUUCGGCUGGCAAUGUUCAUAAGAUCAAAUUCUGUCAGUGGUGUGGUGGGCCAGCAAAGCAUGAAAUACCUGACGGAGAGGAGAAGAUAAGAGCUAUUUGCACUCUUUGUGGAAAAAUUGCCUAUCAAAAUCCAAAAAUGGUUGUCGGUUGCCUCAUUGAGCAUGAGAAAAAGAUCCUACUUUGCAAGCGAAACAUUGAACCUUCUUAUGGUCUUUGGACCCUUCCUGCUGGUUACCUGGAAAUUGGGGAGUCAGCUGCAGAAGGGGCAGUCAGGGAAACUUGGGAAGAAGCAGGGGCUGAAGUGGAAGUGGUGUCCCCUUUUGCACAACUGGACAUUCCUCUUAUUGGCCAAACUUACAUAAUCUUCUUAGCAAAGCUGAAGAAGCCCCACUUUUCACCGGGACCAGAGUCAUCCGAGUGCUGUCUCUUUGAAUUGGACAAUAUACCUUUUGAUUCUUUGGCAUUUUCUUCAAUUUUUGUUACGUUGAAUUUGUACAUUGAAGAUGUUAAAUCUGGAAAAAUAAAGUUUCACUAUGGUACCAUUAACAAAAGGCUUGGGACAGGGCCAUCUGAUAUUCGUGCCUUCACUCUUGACUAUCAUUUGCAGGCAUGAGAUACAGUUGAUUCCUUUGCCACACCUUGUCCAGUGAAUGCCUGUAAGGGAUCCGAUUUUUGGGCAGAAUGCAUAUUGUCAGAGUCUCACACAUGACUUUAUGGUGUUGAGGAUGAGUCAACCACCCAUGUUUAUGAAGUGUGAAGAAUUUGGAGGAAGCAAGUGUAUCUACUGAAAUUGGUAAUGGAUUAUUUUGCUGACAAAAUCUGUAUAUAGACUUGUUUCUGCAAACAUGCUUCUUGACCAAGGAAUUUAGUAGAUUAAUUAUGUAUGUUGCAAAUAUUCCAUUUUCUUGUCCCUGCAAACUUUGUAGUUGUAUUGUAAAGAGGAAUGGUAGGAGAGAUUUGGAGACUCUUAAAAGCUUGGUUUAUUGUAAAGGUGAUUUCAAAUGCUUCGGUUGAUCCGAGAAGCAACUGCCUUUAGUUUGUUCCAUUUACAGUUUUUCGAAGGCUCGGGGAAGAGAACUUCGAUCUAACUAUAUUUACUUUGUGUAUAAAAUACUCAUUUGAUUGGAUGGACAAGAGAGAUUUGUAAUUUCUACUGUUCAAUUGAUUAAUGUCUUGGAGGCUACUAAUUAACUUGUUUA